AUGUUGCAACUCAUAUUCGCAUUCGCUGCCGUUGCAUCUGGCGCAAGGGUCUUCCGCAGACAAGAGGAUUGUUCCUCCACCACAACGUUAGAUGCUCUCACCGUUACCAGGGUCGAGCCGAUCUCGAUCUAUUUCCUCCCUCAGCAGGCCGCACCCACAGGCACCAACAACAAUGACCCCUUCACGGCAGUCUAUACCACAGUCUAUCCCACCUUCUGCCCAGAGUGCUCUCAGGGUCUGAGGCCAGAGACGUACACCAUCACCCAAACCUGUACCGGCAUCACAGGAUGCCAGCCAUCCGGGAGUGCGCUCCCUCCCGGCUUCACCACAACCCAAGCCACCUGCACCGACUGCCCAAUACCCUUCAGUGCCGUUCUCACUGUUCCUCAAGCGACUGAUGCCGUCGUCACAUCGACCUUCCUCGAGACCGUCACCGAGCCCGGUUUGACCACGACCCGCACCAUUAUCAGGACCUGCGCGAGCGAGCCCUGCUUGCCACAAAUCACAAACGUCCCUGGACGUGUUUCCACCAUUGAUGGGGGCCUCUUCGCCGAGCCGGUUACACAGACAGCCACAGUCACAAUGACUGAGAAGUCGACGGCAACCGUCACUGCCGAUGCCAACGAGUCAUUCCGUCCUGGCAGCUUCAACAGCGGUGCCGGACACAUAGUCUCUUCAGACAAAUCUCUUGUUCUUUGCGUCAGCGCAUUUGUUCUCUUGUUGAUCAUGUCUUCAUAA